CGCCCUUCCACUAUGAAACUGAAGGAGAUACGCAGGACGUCGACCUUUGCAUGGUUGCCGUCUCCGUCGCUACCGCUUCUGGCGACGGGAACAGUGGCUGGAGCGCUAGACGAGUCGUUUAGUAACAAUGGCCAGCUCGAAAUAUGGGAGCCCGACUUUCUGGACAAGAACGAGUACGAGCUUGGAGGCGAAGGUCAGCCCGGUGCUAAAGCGCACGUGACGACGAGCUCAAGAUUCAAUCGCCUCGCUUGGGGCUAUACCGAUGGUGGGCGCGACCGCGGUGUCAUCGUGGCGGGCAUGGAGAACGGAGAGCUGGACAUCUGGGAUCCUUCUAAGAUUCUCGCGCAAGCGGAUGUUUCAGAAUCGCUCGUGCUCCGCAACAAGGCGCAUACAGGCCCAGUGCGCGGGCUUGACUUCAAUCCCAUCCAGACCAACCUCGUCGGGUCAGGUGCAGUCAAUGGAGAGAUCUACAUCUGGGACUUGAAAGAUCCUAGUAAACCCUACUCUCCAGGGACGCGUAGUACAAAGCUCGAUGAAAUCACGUCACUAGCCUGGAACCACCAUGUUCAAUAUGCGCUCGCGGUCUCCAGCAGCACGGGAUACACUGUGGUUUGGGAUCUGCGGGGUAAGAGAGAGGUUGCCGCCCUAGCUUAUGGAGGUGGUGCGGGUGCCCAAGCAGGUGUGCAAGGCUUCGGAGCAGGUCUUGCUGUCGGAGGCAGACGCGGAAUGAGCGAUGUUGCUUGGCACCCAGACAACGCGACGCGUCUCGUCAUGUCCUCGGAAGAUGACACGUCACCCGUGAUCAUGGUCUGGGAUCUUCGUAAUGCGCGUGCUCCAGAGAAGAUCUUGACCGGACACGAGAAAGGCGACAAUCGUGCUUUGUGCUGGAAUCCUCAGACAUCAGAAAUAAUCGGCGAGCUCCCCUCUGCAGACAACUGGGCCUUCCAGGUCGACUGGUGUCCGCGCAACCCCGACUUUUUCGCCACCGCCUUCUUCGAUGGCACCAUCGGGAUUCACUCAACCCAGUCCACCAAUGAGCACACCGAGCCUUCUGCGCCGAUUGCGACAGACGCGACAGACAUCUUUGACUCUGCGGGGUUCUCGCGAGCAAAUCAAGCCACGCUUUCCCUCAAGCAGCCGCCGAAGUGGCUCCGUCGCCCAACUUCUGCUUCUUUCGGCUACAGUGGCAAGCUCGUCAGCGUUUCGAAUCUGCCUGGUGCCUCCGGCAAACAUCAAAGCGGGGUCGUGCACAUCAGAAAAGUCUCCACUGAACCCGCCGUCGUUCAGCGCGUCGAGAAGCUCCAGUCUGCGAUCGAGAGCGACGGGCUCGACGCUCUUGCCGCUGAGAAGAGCGCGCAGGAGCCUCACGAGAUCUCUGCGGGACGGAAGGCACUGUUUAGCCUCUUCAAGGCCAACUCUCGCGACGAGCUGAUAACCCUCUUGGGCUUCUCAAAGCAAGAAAUCAAAGCCCGUGUGGCUGAGGCUGUCGAGAAGUUGAAGGCGUCUACGGCAAGUGAAGCGGCGCCUGCUGAGAAGGACGUGACGGAAACCGACUUUGGCCCUCGCGAACCUGUUGUCUCCUUCGCAGAACCCGAGCGUGAGCCUACCCCGGAGGAGGCUGACGAAGCUGAAGAGAGCGACCUCAACGCACUGGCUGCGGAGACGACCCCGUCGGAAGUGAGCACCGGCGCAGCAUCAGAUGCCACCCACCAUGCCGACGGCGAGUCUACCACGACCGCCCCUAGCUUGUUUGGUGAUGAAAUUGCGGGCACGCCUCAAACAGAUGCUGCUGCAGACUUUUUCGGCAGCAUCGGCACCUCGCGGUCGGACGAGCCGCAUGUCGAUAUACCUCAUCAUAACUACCCAGUCGACUCGUCUGUCGCUGCCGCUAUCGGCUCUCGCCCAUCGUCAGUAGCUUCUGAUACCUUGAAAAACAACAUCUUCAGGAUCUACCCGACCGAUGAGUCUGAGACCGACCGUCUGGUAACCAAGGCGCUCGUUCUCGGCGACUUUGAGUCUGCUGUGUCGCUCUGCUUAUCAACCGGUCAGACCCAGGUCCCUGAACUCCUCCAACGAACGCAAAAGGCCUACUUUGAGCGUCGAACCGCCGAGCUUCCCUACCUGCGUCUAUUCCAGUCUAUCGUCACUGACGACCUCGAAGACAUCGUUCAGAAUGCCGACUUACAAGAGUGGCAGGAAAUCUUCGUAGUGCUAUGUACCUUCGCCAGCCAGGACGACUUCGCGAACCUGGCCGAACAGCUGGGUCAGCGCCUCGAAUUCCAGGCGAGUCUUGCCAAAACGUCUACUGCGCCUGACGCUGUAGAACGCGCACUCGAGUUCCGCAAGAACGCUACCUUGACAUACUUGGCUGCUGGUAGGCUGGAGAGACUUGUCAACAUCUGGAUCGAAGAGUUGGCUGAAGAGGAAGCGUAUUCUCUUGAAGAGAAGGAAAGCCUCCAUGGAUCGCGAUAUACCGCACACGCAUUCGCGCUACAGACCUUCAUCGAGAAGGUCACCGUGUUCCGCAGGGCCAUCAAAUAUGAAGACACAGAUCUUUCUCAGCAUGCCAGCCCCGAAGAGGAAGAGGCGAGAACGUAUAAGCUCGCUGCUCUCUACGACCGCUACUUUGAAUACGCUGAUCUCUUGGCUGCGCAAGGUCUCGUCAAAGGGGCCCUGUCGUUCCUCAAGUUAACUCCUUCUGGUUACCACGGCUCUCCUGGUAGUCAUCUCGACUUCACUGAAGGACGUAGACGACUUCAGAUUGCCGCUGGUUCUAGUGCGGCUCCGAGUAGCUCUACCAUUGCCAACCCUUCAACCGUUCCUAUCAAGGCAGCGCCCAUCUCCUCUAGCACAUCCGUGUACGGAUUUGGUUCAUCCUAUGGUGCGCCGGCCCAGGUCCAGCAGACUUUCGUGUCCCAGUCGCUCGCUCCCAUGCAGGCACCCUCGACGUACGGCCCCUAUGGUGGAGCUCCUGCGUAUGCUCUUCCUGCUACUCAAUAUGGCGCACGACCUGUCGCGCCGGGCCAGUCAGGUCACCAGCCACCAGCACCGUCCGGAUACCCGUCCGGACCAUAUGGCCAACCGGCCGUGCCCAAUCAGCAGCCUGCUAUGCCUCCCCCACCCCGCCGUAGCACUCCAUCAGCUCCUUUAGCCCCUCCGCCGAAGGGUCCUGUCAUCAAGCGCGACAACGGUGGAUGGAACGACGUGCCUGCUCACGUUACCGCGCGCCGUACGCCUGCGAACGCGAAUACAAACGCCAGUAAGCCUUCGGCAAUCAUAUCCCCCUUCCCUAAUGCGCCAUCGCAGGGCAUUAUGCCCCCCACCCCAACACAUGGACAGCCACCGACAGCAUUGCCGCCACCGCCACGCCCAGGCAGCGUGCAGCAGAGACCGCCGCCGCCACCACAAGGCCAGCGUAUGCCUCCCCCUCCUCAACAAGCACCUGGACCAUACCCUCCGCAUGGUGCUCCGUCGCAGGGACCCCCACAGGGCACGGCUCCCCCGCCGUCGCACAUGAUGUCGCCAUCGCAGGGCCUUGGGCUCAGUCGAGGCCCGUCAUCGCAGGGGCAAUUUACCAUGCCUCCGCCUCGCGGCCACGUGUCCCACCAGACGCCCCCUGCGGCUCCAACACAUCUUCCGCCUGGGCCGCCGCCGAUGCGUGGCACGCCUUCACCCGCGCUCACACGCGGAACGCCGCCACCGCAGCAGCCGGGUGUGUAUACGCCUCCACCCCCUCAGCAAGGCGGGUAUGCUCCGCCGCCCCCGCAGGGAGGCUUUGCGCUACCGCCGCAACAGGGUUCGUUCGCGCCUCCGCCUCCUGGUGGCGCCGCGAGGCUCGGUAUGCCACCUGCUGGUGCUCCCUCGAUGGCGCCUCCUCCUGGGUCCGGACAACUCGCCCCUUCCGCGCCGCCGAAGGCGAAGCCGGGCCCACCGCAGCCGAGAUAUCCUCCCGGCGAUAGGAGCCACAUCCCAGAUCACCUGAGGCCGAUCUUCAACAUCAUCUCCCAACAGCUCGAGAUCGUCAAACAAACGACUCCACCUCAGCAAAAGCGUCUCGCUGAUGACCUCGAACGUCGCAUUAACCCGCUGUUCGACGCUCUCAAUUGCGAAAUGCUGUCGAAACCGGUCUGCGAUCAGCUCUUAGAGCUAACACGCGCUAUGGAAGCUCGAGAUCGCGAGUCCGCACUUGCGAUCCACAUCGACCUCCUCAGGACUGGUUCUAUGACAGAUGAUAUUGGUUUGUGGAUGGCUGGUGUGAAGCAGCUUAUCAUGCAACUGUACGACCCUCGACAAGCGUUCGAAACGGCCCUCUAG